AUGGCUCAUGCCCUCCCUGUUCCAAUUCCCUGCCCUGCCCGGCUUGGAAGUAUAAAAGGUGAUUCACUGGAAGCUCAGCUGCAUGACUAUGUCAGGCAAGGAAACUAUGAAAAAGUGAAGAAGCUUCUGAAAAAAGGUAUUUUUGUUGAUGCUGUUAAUUCCAUGGGCCAGACUUCACUCUUCACUGCUGCAUUGCUAGGUCUUCGUAAAAUAGUGGAUGUGCUGUUGGAUUAUGGCUCAGAUGCUAAUCAUCGCUGUUACGAUGGAAGCACCCCAGUCCAUGCAGCUGCAUUCUCAGGAAAUCAGUGGAUUCUUAGCAGGUUAUUGGAUGAAGGAGGCGACUUGAGAGUACAUGAUAAAAGUGGAAAAAAUCCUCAGUGCUGGGCUAUGUCUGCUGGGAAAGCAAGCAGUGCUCAGAUGCUGGAAUUUAUACAGCGUUGUACGUUCCACAUGCAGGCUGUCAUUCAAAAUUUUCCCUCUGAUCUACUCAGGAAGGUUGGCUCACCAAAUGCGCUGGUCUGCAGUCCGUCUAGAUUUGGGGGUCUUGUUCAAGGAAAUGUUGACAGUCCUCUGGGUAGAUUUCUAAAAGGUGGAGCUACUGCAGCCAAGAACAUUUAUAGCUUUGGAUUUGGGAAGUUUUAUCUUGCAGGCGGUGGGCAUCUAGGGUACUUGGCGUCUCUCCCUAUUAUUGGGGAAAAAGACGUGGUUCAGGCAGAUGAUGAACCAGCAUUUUCUUACCAUGUUGGACCAUACAUGAUCAUGACAAACUUAAUGUGGGAAGGCAGCAGAGUUACAGUGAAGGAACUCAGCUUUGAGCCCCAUCAGAAUUGUAGUAAACUACGCUUGGCUGAUCUUCUUGUUGCGGAGCAGGAACGUAGUAGUCAACUCCGUCAUCCUCAUUUGCUACAGCUGAUGUCUGUUUGUCUGUCUAGUGACUUGGAGAAAACCCGUUUAGUAUAUGAAAGGGUUAACUUUGGUUCUCUGUACAGCAUCCUUCAUGAAAGGCGUUCAGAAUUCCCGGUACUGCACAUGGAGACGAUUUUGCACGUGCUGCUUCAAAUUAAUGACGCUUUGCGUUUUCUACACUCCCGUGGAUUUAUCCACCGUUCAGUCACCUCCUACGCUAUUCAAAUUGUUUCUUCUGGUGAGGCAAAGCUAUGCAACUUGGAAUACAUGAUAGAGAGCAAAGAUGGUGGAGAACGCAGUGACCUGACACGUAUUCCGGUCCCAGUCCAGCUCUAUAAGUGGUGCUCUCCUGAAGUAAUUCUUGAAAAAGUUGUCACGGUGAAAUCGGAUAUUUAUAGCUUCUGUACAGUAGUGCAGGAGGCCUUGACAGAGACCCCUCCCUGGAAAGGUUUUGAAGACUCUGUUAUUAAACAGCUCAUAAUUUCAGGACAAGAGUUAGAAGCAGACGUCAGACUUCCUAUGCCCUAUUACGGUAUCGUAAAGUCAGGGCUAGAACCUAAACAGAAGAACCGCUCCAUGAAACUUCAGGAUAUUCAAUAUAUAUUGAAAAAUGACUUAAAGGACUUAACCAAGUCUCACACUGGUCAUGCUGAUGAAAUAUCAAAAGCACCAAGACCCACUGUUUUUGCAGAUGUGAACAUCUGUUUGGCAUCAGCUUUUAGCUACCGGAAGAGAACGCAGGAAUUGCAGGGAGAAAAGAUAACCGAGGCUGACAGCUCUACUACCCCAAGGUACUCUCCCUUUCCUAAGGACAGCAAUGCUUUAGUGGACCAAGAGGCACCAACCAGUCUACAGCCAGUUGCACAGGACAAAAAUCUUGAUGUAGCGUCUGAACUCCAGACAACCUUUAGUGUCAGUGAUGUGGAUGACAGCCUCUGUAGCUUUGAAAAUAAUGAAAUCUUUGCCAGUUUUCCAGAAUGUCAUGAAGACUUCAUGGAAGAAGAAGCUGGAUUAGGUAAAACUCUAAAAGAUCAAAAAAUGCUGCAAAAGGAAGAAGAUAAGGGUACCCUCAGAGACCUAUAUACAUCCCCUGGAGUGCACUGUGAGGAAAAGCCAGUUUAUGAGGAAGGUGACUCUUCAGAAUUGGGUACAGGAUACAUUACAGAAGAGGAGGAGAGGAUAAGUGAGGCCUCUGACUUAUGCAUGCUGGCACAGGUGAGAGAAGAUGAUGGGAGAAGAAUGGGUAGUCCGUCCCAAGAGGAGCAGUACAUCGGCAAAUGUGUCCUUGAUUUAAAGAUUGUACAAAGCAUGUUGCGUGAGGCAGAAGAUUCCCUGCGCAGAACAGAGGAGAAACUGGACAAAACAGACACCAUUGAAAAGCAAACAAAGCUGCUCCAGGAAAUCAGAAAGAAUCCACUUUCUAAGCAAACUUGUCAAGGAGGACACGGGAACACAUCUGAUGAUACUUACCAAAAUGCCAGUAGCCUUUUUUCUGGAGUUAAUAUUUUUUCAUGGAAGGCUGUAGGUCCACCAGCAAGUGUCUAUAUUCCGCCACUAAUAACAUCUCAGGCACAAGGAGCAUUAGGUGGAGACAGUUUCCAAACUGUUGGAAAGAAGGCAAAGGAAAUGGAGGCAAUUCAAAAUGAAAACUCGAAGUGCUUUCAUGAGAUGAAUGGGAGUAAAAAUGAAAACAACCAUCAUGAUCUCAACUUCAGCGUGGUGAAAAGCCUGGAUGAUCAAAGGAGCCUAGACCAUGAGCAUUUACUCCCACAUGUAUCUGCAAGAUGCAAAAAAAAGUUCAACUUGCAGUGUCAGAGAGGAGAUGAUUCACACGCUGCAGCAAGUGGAAGUGAGGAAGAGAGGUGGUGCUAUCCAAAAUCAAGAUCUGAAAUUUACAGUACAAAAAUAAGUGAGGAGAGAAGGAUGAUGCAAUCGGAAUGGAAGAUUGAAGUAAAGCGAAUGGCCAGAAGAGUGGCCUCAGGACAACUAGAACUUGGCUCUACAUAUGCAGUCACUGAAUGUACAUCUGAAAGUGAAGCAGAGAGUAUAAAGGAAGCCUUUCAGCAUGUCACUGUUAGGCUCCAAAAAAGUCAAGACCAACAAAGAUACGGGUGGCAGACAGGUGAUAAUGUUGAAUUUUGGGAUCUGGGCAGUGAGGAUAGAUCUGAAUCUGAGGAGAGUGAUCUGGAGUCUGCAUUCAGAAGUUCUGGAGGGAGAAGCUGCCCGUCACCAUCACAAGAUGAACAAGCAGAGUCUGGAAUAGCCAUUGAUGAGAAUUCAGGCCUUCCUCAACAAGGAAGUUCUGAACAAGAGGUAAAAAUAACAGAAAAGACAGCAACAAAGUCUGUGUCAAGAACUUUGGACCUUGCCUGCGAGAAAUUGAAUUCACUUCCUUUCCCCCACCUCCUUCAGACCUCAGAUGUUGAGAGCAAAUUAGAAGCCGAAGGAUUUUUACAGAAAAAAUUAACUGAAGGUGCGGGAUCAAGUAUUCAGGUUUCAGGAGGAAAAACACAAUUCCGCAGCACAGCGUCGCAGGAUUCUGGCAGUAACACGCUAGGAGUGGAUCAGCUUAGCCACAUGCCUGCAGCCAGUGUUGAAGCAGCACAAGAAGUGAUACUGUGGGAGCCACAAGAAGAAUCUAAAGAAAAAGAUGUAUCAGUGACAGAUAUUCAUGAUUUGUCGAGUAUCCCCUGUGAGCAAGAGAACUACUACGGGGAUAUCGAUUGUAAAACGCCCAGAGUGAGUCACGCACCAACGAGCGUCAGCACCCCACUCCGCUCAGAAGAAAAAAUUCCAAUGGCCUUUGGGAAAUCCAAAGACUGCCGGGAAGUAGCUUCAGAUUCUUCCUUUUGCGAUUCUCAAGAGACCUCCUCUGCAGUGUCCAGGACAUUCACUACAGCCUAUGAAGAGGGAAAGAGCACUGCAAUUCCCUCAGUUGCUUCAGGAUUUUGCUCAUCUGAACUGAAUGAGCCUGAUGGGUUGCCAGUCGUUGCUUCAUCCUUGAGAAGCACCAGGAAGGCAUCUGCACUCUCGCAGGCAUCUAACCGCUUCAUUGAUGAGCUGCCUCCACCAGCCCAAGAGCUGCUGGAUGAAAUUGAAUAUUUAAAGCAUCAAGAUUCCAUCGCUCCAGACUUUAAAGAGGAGGGAUUGUAUGACUGCAGAGUGCAAAUAAAUGUUCCCGAUGAAAUUAACAUGGAAGACAGAGAGUCAGAAAAAGAAUUUGAGAGAAAUGAGAAGAGAAAAGAUAUUUUAUGGACUAAGGAGUCAUUUAAUCUAGCAGAGGAAACAGAAAGGGCUCACUCUACUCUUGAUGAUAUCUUAGAAAGAAUGCUCCAUGCAGUGCCUGGAGAUGAGGAGAUCCAAGAACAACCUCAGGGACACACUCUUGGGGCUGCGAGCCUGCAAGAUCCAGAAGAUGCUGGAAGGAAGAAGGGAACAGAGGAAGACGGAGCCGGGGCCAGAGACACUCGUCCUGAAGAUCAGGAAUUCCACUUCCAGAGAGAGCUGUCUUCAUCUUCACCGUUCAGGAUCAUUGUUUUGGAUCAGAGCUCUCCUACGUGAUUAAAAUGGAUAGUGCAUACGUUCUGAUAGAUCAAUUUACUGCUGCUCGUACAGUAUACAGCUGUGAAUUGCAGCCCCUCCCAGCCACAUAAGUGAUUGUAAAGCUAUGCCUUCCUUUAACUGCAGCAGCAAAUACAGAAGAAAAUCUAAUGCUCUACUUUGUAACACAGUUUGUUCUGGUUUUACGCCAUCAUUGCAUGUAAAGGCAGUAUCAGUAAUAUCGCAGGACCAAACUGUUUUCUGAAUAUUACGUCUUUAUGAAGCUGGCUGUGUGGUGAGGGUUUUUCCUGCACACUCAUGCUUUCAUAAGCAAAAGAAUUUCUUGCUCUGUUGCGUUAUGUUUCAGUUUUCAAUAUUACAGACAAAAUGAUUGUAAUUCUGUGGACUGCUGUUCCUGCUCAGGCACUUGUUAAAUUUUUCCAUGCUGGAGUGUGGAGCACUGUUACAGCCCAUGGAGUGUGUGUUUUUCCUUGCUCGUUAAAUUUAACAAGGUAAUUUCUUGUUUUCUCUUUUCUUAGUGCUUUUGUGAUGUAGUCUUGAACUGAUUUGACUGAUUAAGGGGAUUAAUUGCUGUGCAAAAAGCUAAUGAGAAAAAGGCAACGUUCUCCAGAGAUUGCAAGCGUAGCAAUACAUUCCGUGCCAGCAUUAGACAAGAAUACGAGAAAAUCUGUUUAGUAUUGUGAAGAUACUUGUUUAAUUAAACCACGCUUUUGGUAGGCUCAUCCAAAAAACCCUCCCUGGAUAUAAUUGAGGUUUGGUUCAGAAUUGCGAUGGGCACAGCGACCUCAUGUUUAACUUGUCUUGUGAUAAACACUGUUCAGGUGCAGGAGGUGUGAAGAUCGUCCUUGUCCCUCUCUAACAGACGCCGGGAUUGUAGCUGCCUUCCACUGGGCACACCACAUUCCUCUUUAGGUGGGGAAGUCUGCCUGUC